AUCAAACAAACACAUACUACUAUCUUACUUGAUUCUACUCUACUAAAAUGUUGUCUAAAUUUUCAGCCCCAAUUUCUUACUACAAUUGUCAGUAGCACAAAGGUCAUCAACAAAACGCCCAAAUGCCACCUCAGUCCCCACCCCCCACCAACGCCUCCAAGCUCUACUUCUUCUACGGCCACCGCAAGCCCUCCCAGAACCGGCCCACCGUCCGCGGCGGCCUCUUCUCCAACCGCCAAACCCUGAACCCUUCAAAAAAACACCACCAAUUCGACAAAAAAUCCCCCGAUUUCGAUUUCCGAAAAUGGGACCCGGACUCCGCUCAGAGCCUCUCGAUCCCGCCCACCAGAACUCCGCCGGAGAAAUUCUUCUCCGUCGCCCAGACCCUCUCUCCGAUCGCUCGGUACAUCGUCGACACGUUCCGUAAGCACAAGAACUGCUGGUGUCCUGCUGUUAUUGAGGACCUUAACAAGCUCCGCCGCGUGACGCCGAAGCUGGUGGCGGAGGUGCUCAAGGUGAACUCGGACCCCAGGAUCUCAUCCAAGUUCUUCCAUUGGGCAGGUAAACAGAAGGGUUAUAGACAUGACUUUUCUAGUUAUAAUGCAUUGGCUUACUGUUUGAACCGGACAAAUCAGUUCCGGGCAGCUGACCAGGUGCCCGAGUUGAUGAACAUGCAGGGUAAGCCUCCUACCGAGAAACAGUUUGAAAUCUUGAUUAGAAUGCACUCUGAUGCCAAUAGGGGUCUUAGGGUGUACUACGUGUAUGAGAAAAUGAAGAAAUUUGGAGUGAAACCUAGAGUGUUUUUGUAUAACAGGAUAAUGGAUGCACUCAUGAAAACGGGUCAUUUGGAUUUGGCAAUGUUGGUUUAUGAUGACUUUAGAGGAGAUGAGUUAGUGGAGGAGAGUGUUACUUUCAUGAUUUUAGCAAAGGGUUUGUGUAAAGGAGGGCAGAUUGACCAAGUGUUGGAGCUUUUGAGCCGAAUGCGGGAAAAGUUGUGUAAACCAGAUGUUUUUGCUUACACGGCAAUGGUUCGUGUGUUGGUGGCGGAGGGGAAUUUAGAUGGGUGUUUGAAGGUUUGGGAGGAAAUGAAAAAGGAUAGAGUAGAGCCCGAUGCUAUGGCUUAUAAGACCCUAGUUUUGGGGUUAUGCAAGGGGAAGCAGGUUGAGAAAGGUUAUGGGUUGUUCAAGGAGAUGAAACAGAAGGGGUGUUUGAUAGAUAGGGCCAUCUAUGGGUCAUUGAUUGAGGCAUUUGUGGCAGAUGGGAAAGUUGGUUCUGCAUGUGAUUUGUUGAAGGAUUUGGUCGACUCGGGAUAUAGGGCUGACUUAGCAGUAUAUAACUCCCUCAUUGAAGGAUUCUGUAAUUUGAACCAGGUUGAUAAGGCUUCUAAACUUUUCCAGGUCACAGUUCAAGAGGGUCUUGAGUCAGAGUUUGUGACUGUAAAUCCCAUACUAGUGUCUUAUGCAGAGUUGAAAAGAAUGGAUGACUUCUGCAACUUGCUUCUGCAAAUGCAGAAUCUGGGUUUUCACAUCUUUGACAAUCUUUCCAGAUUCUUUUUAUUCGUGGUGACAAAAGACGAAAAAUUAACGAUGCCUUUAGAAGUGUUUGAAUACUUGAAGGUGAGAGGUUAUUGCAGUGUUCCAAUCUAUAAUAUUCUUAUGGAGGCUCUCCACAAGAUCAGAGAGGUGGAUAAGGCAUUAUCACUCUUCCAUGAAUUAAAGGACUCCAAGUUUGAACCUGACUCAUCUACUUACAGCCAUGCAAUUACAUGUUUUUCUGAAAUUGGAGAUAUUCAAGAAGCAUGUACGUGCUAUAGCAAAAUAAAAGAAAUGUCUUCGGUUCCCUCUGUCUCUGCUUAUUAUUCUCUUGUUAAAGGGCUCUGUAAAAUUGGAGGGAUUGAUCCAGCUAUAAUGCUUAUUCGUGACAGCUUGGCGAAUGUUACGAGCGGACCCAUGGAGUUUAAGUAUACUCUGACUAUUAUCCAUGUUUGCAAAUCUAAUGAUGCAGAGAGGGUAAUUGAAGUUCUAAAUGAGAUGAUACAACAGGGUUGCCCUCCUGAUGAUAUCAUAUACUCUGCUAUUAUCUACGGCAUGUGCAAACAUGGAACGCUGGAGGAAGCGAGAAAAGUGUUGUCAAAUAUGAGAGAGCGUAAGCUUCUAACGGAAUCAGAUUUGGUUAUUUAUGACGAUAAACUGGUAGACCACAUGAAGGAGAAGACGGCUGACUUGGUGCUGUCAGGGUUGAAAUUUUUUGGUCUGGAAAAGAAAUUGAAAGCGAAGGGCUGUAAAUUUCUGCCGACUUGAGGACAACUUCAGGUAAUUGAUAAUAUCUCUCUGAUUCAGAUGGCAUAGGAAUGCUUGAAGGAAGCUUUCAGCUUUCGAUACAAGUGCUGCUGGAGAAUCAAGUGGCGAUUAAGAUCAUGAUUCUUUUUCAGUCCCCCUACAGGCAUGCUGAAAGGGUUAUGGCCCUUGGUGAUCAAAUUUCAAAAGACGACUACACGAUGCUGUUUAGAAGGUUUGAAUAGGAAUUUUCCGUUGUUUACCUAUCGAUGGUGAUUCCCUUUUGCUUUGCAGCAAUCAAUGCACCAGAAUGGCACGCAAUGAUUUCCUGCAUGAUGCUACUUAGCUCGGUUAAUUGACGAGAUAGCCAUCCUUUCAUUGGAUACACGAUUGAAGUUCAUUUGGGUUUCUCAUAAAUUGGUUCUGUGAAGACAUAAGAUCCAUUUUUUGCAAAUCCAUGCCUCACUCAAGCCAUUGUGUUUAGGAUUUAAAACAGUUUGAAACAAAUUUCACCAAGCCCCAGUUUCAGAGAAGUAUGUAGGCAAGUGUGUCUAUCUGGCACAAACUGUGGGUCAUUGUUCUGUCUUACUCUAGGCAUAUAGGGUUGUAGAUGUUUUUUUUUUCCUUUGAUAAGCGGAUGUCCUGGGUUACUUGCGCGCGCCUCGAUCUGGAUUGUAGAGGUUGAUAUCAAUGGGUAGUCGUAAAUAUGGAAUGUGGAUCAUUUUGGAAUUUUGAUAUGAGUAUGAUGCUUUUAAUUACUAGUA